AUGGACCCAGCGGAGGCAGCACAGUAUCGUAGCGCAUUGGCAGCACAGGGAGCUAUGCUGACCCAGCACAACCACAGCCUGCAGCAGAUCACGAGAAUCUCCGCCAUGCUGUCAAAAGGUAUCAUUACUCAGUCUGAUCUUUUGAAGACCUUCAUCACUGGAGACACAGUUGAUUUGAAAUGCUUCAUCUCUGGGACUGGUGGUGACUACUACAACUGGUUCAAACUCACAGUAGGACAAGCUCCUGUGAUGAUGCUAUCUCUUUACCUUCACUCAAAAGAUCCAACGUUCUAUGGUGAGUUUGACAACAACACUCGGUUUGCUGCAGAGAACAACGGCGACGGUUUUGUGCUGACCAUUUCAGAUGCCAAGCCAUCGGAUGUGGGGAUGUACUACUGUGCUGCACGUGUUUAUGAUUACAUGAUCUUUGGAAAUGGUGUAUUUCUGAUGCAUAAGGGUGCAGAUUCCAGGAACCAGCAUUUACUUACUCAGCAGUCUGUGUCUGAGUCAGUCCAGCAAGGAGACUCUGUGACUCUGAACUGUACAAUACACACUGAGACCUGUGCAGGAGAACACAGUGUCUAUUGGUUCAGGCAUGGCUCAGGAGAAUCCCAUCCAGGAAUCAUUUACACCCAUGGAGACAGGAGUGAUCAGUGUGAGAAGAGCCCUGAGGCUGGGUCUCCUACGCAGAGCUGUGUCUACAACCUCCCCAAGAGGAACCUCAGCCUCUCUGAUACUGGGAUUUACUACUGUGCUGUGGCCUCGUGUGGGGAGAUACUGUUUGGAAACGGGACCAAGCUGGAGAUCAAGGACAAUGGCGCAGACCCUCUUCUCUUACUGUAUUGUCUGGGCGCAGCAUUGGCUCUCUCUCUAAUCCUGAUCAUUGUCCUGACUUGCAUUAUUUACAAGAUGAACAAGAGAGCAUGUCUACUGUGCAGAGGACCCGGCUCUCAGACAAGAGGGCCAGCAGUCUCGACUUCGGAUACAAGGGGCCAAGAUGCAGACAGUCUCCAUUACGUAGCUCUGAAUCUGAGCAACAAAAAGAACAGGUCUAGAAAACAGAGAAGCAACAUGGAGGAACAGACGGUGUACUCUGGGAUCAGACAGUAAAACAAUACAACAGACGUCCAUUAAACUUCAGUAGGAGGAAACAUGGACGAAGAGACAAUGGUCAUGUACUCUGGAAUUUGACAGUAGAACUGGAUAUAUGAAACAAUUUCCCCUUCAUUCUAGAAAGCUCUUUAACUAGCUCUAGCUUAACUUGCUCUAUAUGAACGCUGCAGUAAAAUGUGAU